GUGCACCGUUCCUCUUUACGACAACAUGGAAGCCUUCUGAGUUGAGAGCAGAGUUCAGCCGGGAACCUCUCCGCUCGGACAGUCACGCGGCUUCACUUAAUCAUGAAGUCGGCGACUCGGUAACGGAGGUGUCGAUGAUGAUGAUGACGACGAUGUGUCUUCAGAGGUUUGUUAGUGUUCGCUGUGUGGUGUCCGCGCGCUGUGCGCGUGUGUGGCGGCUCGAGUCAGCGUCAUGGCGGCACAGACACACACCUGUCACCGAGUGUCUGAGGUUCAAACGGUCACAGGUAAACGGCUCGUGGCUCUUGAAACUCAAAGGGACGAACAGUCGUGUCGCGUGCUGGAGUGGGGUCCUCCAGCGAGGGAAUCCGACUGUGUGGCAUGAGCCAGGAACUGCGGCUUUGUACCGGGGAAGUCACGAGAGGUCGGCGGUCAGUCUGCGGUCUAUACUGUCCACCAAUGCUCGUGGUCUUUGCAGCGGAAAGAAGGAGACACCGGACAGCUCUCCGGAAGCAGACCGGCCUGCAGCCGGUGCAGUACGAGGACACGGACUGUUCAAAUUUAAAGAGCUGUAUGAGAACCCCUGGACCAUCCCCAACCUGCUGUGUGUGUGUCGUAUUAUGCUCGCUCCACUGCUGGGUCACCUGAUCAUCCAGCAGCACUUUCACCUCAGCCUGGCUCUGUUCACACUCGCUGGAGCCACUGACCUGUUGGACGGUUACAUUGCCAGAACGUGGCCAACUCAGAAGUCAGCACUGGGCAGCGCUCUUGACCCACUGGCUGACAAAAUCCUCGUCAGUAUUUUAUACAUCAGUCUCACCUACGCUGGACUUAUACCAGCUCCACUGACAGCUCUAGUGAUUUUCAGGGACAUUGGUUUGAUAGCUGCUGUCUUCUGGAUACGAUACAAGACCGUCCCUCCUCCGGUGACACUUGGUAAAUUUUUUAACCCCUGCUACACCACAGCACAGCUCAAGCCCACGCUUUUCAGCAAGAUGAACACAGCCAUCCAGCUUUUAUUAGUCGCAGCCUCUCUCGCUGCUCCAGUCUUCCAGUAUACCGACAGUGUAGCGCUGCAGUGCCUAUGGUAUGUGACGGCGGUGACGACAACAGCAUCAGGCUACAGUUACUGGCACUACGGCCGCAAGACUGUGCGGGAGCUGAACACCAGGUCACGGUGACAACCACACACACACUCGCAGGACACGCACACACACAGGAGAAACAGCGAAAAGACGUCGCACAGACACUGAGCAACGGUGGUAAAAGUCUUACAGACAGUUGGGAAGUUUUUCUGGAGCGUUGAUGGCAUAUGUCACCGUGGCAAUGACGCACGUGGGCCAACCAAGGUCGUGCAGAUGUUUUACCUCAACACACAACCGCAGCUCUGCCACCGAGCAGCUGUGGUCAAGAGAUGCACGCAUAGAUAAACAUACACACACGUAUCAAAAUAUGUGUCUAGUCAUUUCGCAACACCUUCUAUUUUUCUUAGUUUUUUUAACCAUGAGGUUAUGAUGUCAUCCUUAUCCAUGUCACAUGAUUGCCGGUUUUGUAAAGCAAUGAUUUAUGAUUAAAAAAAAAAAGAAGAAAGAAAAUCUCCUCCUGGGUUUUUUUAAUGCGUGAGACCAUUUUAGCUGCUGUUUUUUCUGUUAUGUUAUAGAUAUUUAGGUAAAUGUCUCCUGCAGCCGAUGAGCCCCUGUUUGUUACGACAACGAUGUCAAGUCGUAAUUACUAGCACUGUUGUGGGCACUGUACGCCGUCUCCCUCCACGGUUGACGAGUAAUGUAAGCUGGAGAGAGAGAGCAAAUUACGUGAUGCCUGGGAAAUGCAAAUUCCAAGAUCUCUGGCUCACCAAAGAAAAUUACAAGGACUGACUUGCCCAACAUCCCAAGGACAAGCACUUGGCCAGAUGCAGAGCGUGCUGCAAAUCAACAAAAGUGGACGCCAUAGGCAAAGCGGCUCUUACCAGUUGCCCUCCCAUCUUAAGCUGUGUCGGCACAUUUAGUCCUUGAAUUUGAGGCAAUUGGUCCUAGAAAGUCCUUGAAAGGUCCUUGAAUUUGAUGUCAACCAUGAUGUGUGACCCUGUACAGAUGAUGAUGUGUUUGUCAUCAGCAUGAACGUGUGUUCGAUCAAAAGUGGAACUAGUCGUUAGCUCAUGCCUCGUUAUUGAUUAAACUGUUACUGCUAAAUGUUUUGUAUAAUUGUCAGGAAAUGAAGUGGUCAGAAAUGUCAACCUCAGGUCUCCACCGCGAUGUGACACUACUUCACUCAAACUCAAGACACUCAGGAUAAUGUAAGGAUGCUACUUCUUGACAAAUGUGCACAGUCACUGUUUAUUUGCACAACACUUUACGCACAACUUUAACACAAACACCCUUACACUCACACAUCAUAGAUAUGACAAACACAUUUGUCCACACACCAGUUUGCAAAUGAGGAAACACUUUAAUUGACCUUACUCUGAAUAAGAACUUUUAAUUAUCUCCUUUGCUAACAAAUUCACUAAUUGAUUGUCUUUUAUAUUCCUGUUCAUGUCCCACAUCUGCAUUUUGUCCAGUGCUGUAAAAACUCCUGCUGCACUUUACAGUCUGAAUAAGUUGUAUGUAUACAUGUGUAUAUGAUGCAACUAAAACUGAAAUGAGCUAACACAGGUUUAAGGUCAGAGUCUUAUUCACAUCACUGUCAGUAUUGGAUUAUUGCUGUCUUUGUAAAGAGUGUAAGCCUUAAUGCGGGGGCCUCAAACUCAAAAUGACCUGGGGGCCAGUGAACUUCUAGUCUCGUCAGUAAGGAAAAAAUGGUUUAGUGAUUAGAAAUGAAAAUGAUAUCUCGAUAAUCCAUCAUGAUGUUGCAAUUACAAAUACUUUUUGUAUAAAAAAAUACCAUUAAAAUACCAUUUCAAAGUAAAAGUGUUUGUUUUGAUAUAAAGUUCACGACAUAUUUAUGAUGCAAAAUAAAUCUGUAAAUAACAAAAAUAAAACGGAAUUAAAACAUUAAAUCAAAAUAUACAUCGAGACAAUUGUAUUUUAAACUCUAGACAGGCUUAUAUAUAAUUAAAAGUUGAGUGUAAUCAUUCUAUCAUUCUCAUCAUGUCUAUAAAAGGUCGCAGGACAUUGACUGGUGGGCCGUAUGUGACCCCCAGGCCGCGAGUUUGAGACCCCUGCCUUAAUGUAAUACCUACAGUAUUAUAUAUAUAUAUAUAUAUAUAUAUAUAUAAUAUGUUGUAUAAGUGAACAACAUAUUCAGGUUAAAAUGCAAUAGCUAAUGUUCAAUGUUGAUAGAAAAGAUUCAUUAAAAAAAUUGCAAUGAA